AUAAGUUUAAUACUUCUUUUUCCAGAAAUUAUUUGAUAAAACUCCAAAGAGAUCAAACAAUGGCAUCAAACGCUUGCAAACUCCUUUGCCUCAUUCUCUUCCUCGCCUUCGUCGCCCAAGGGUAUGGGGAUAGUCAUCCAAAUGAUCUAUCUUGUCAUCUAAGUGAUCUAUCUAUAAAACAAUCGAAGACCGGAAAAAUAGUUCAGAACAAACCGGAGUGGGAAGUGAGAGUGAAGAACCCUUGUCUUGAGUGUCGGUUGCACUACAUAAAGUUGUCAUGCGUCGGUUUCAAUUCGGUCACACCCAUCGACCCGUCGGCGUCGUUCACUCAUGUACGUGACGUGUGUUACCUCAGAUCCGGUUUCUACAUCCAUCCUCGCGAAGAAGUCGUAUUCACUUACGUAUGGGACACUAGCUCCGACUUCAAGCUCCUAGACGCCGAUAUUGUUUGCCCUUAAAAUUUUUCUACCCGAAACAUGAAAUGUUCAUGUUUUAAUUCUGUUUUGGA